GUCGCGGGUGCUGCAGGGCGGCUGAGCGCGGGUCCGGCGUCCUCCUGCCUCCCCUCCCCCCAGGUUUCAGGCCUCUGCCGCAGACAUGGAGAAACUCAGCGCGCUGCAGGAGCAGAAGGGAGAGCUGCGCAAGCGGCUGUCCUACACCACGCACAAGCUGGAGAAGCUGGAGACCGAGUUCGACUCCACGCGCCACUAUCUAGAGAUCGAGCUGCGGCGUGCGCAGGAGGAGCUGGAAAAGGUCACUGAGAAGCUGCGCAGGAUUCAGACCAACUACAUGGCGCUGCAGAGGAUCAACCAGGAGCUGGAGGACAAGCUGUACCGCAUGGGCCAGCACUAUGAGGAAGAGAAGCGUGCCCUAAGCCAUGAGAUUGUCGCUCUCAACAGCCACCUGCUGGAGGCCAAGGUGACCAUCGACAAGCUGUCGGAGGACAAUGAACUCUAUAGGAAGGACUGCAAUCUAGCGGCCCAGCUGCUGCAGUGUGGCCAGACCUACGGCAGGGCCCAUAAGGUGUCCGAGCUGCCCUCGGACUUCCAGGAGCGCGUGAGCCUGCACCUGGAGAAGCAUGGCCGUAGCCUGCCCUCCCCACUCUGCCGCCCGGCCUACGCCGACAGCGUCCCCACCUGCGUCAUUGCCAAGGUGCUGGAGAAGCCAGACCCCGCCAGCCUGUCCUCCCACUUGUCUGAUGCCUCCGCCCGUGACCUAGCCUUCCGAGACGGCGUGGACAAGUCUGGCCCGCGGUCCCCGUACAAGGAGGACAUUUGCUGCAGUGACCCAGCCCUCUACCACCCCGAGGAGCCCCAGCUCGAUAGACGGCCCAGCGUGGAGACACCUGUGGCCGACGUGGGCUUCCUGCAGGCCCAGAAUUCCACCGACAGCGCAGCUGAGGAAGAGGAGGAGGCCGAGGCAGCGGCCUUCCCCGCCAGCUUCCGCCACGACACCUUCCCGGGCUACGCGGGCUCGCUGCCCACGUCCAGCUCCUACUCCAGCUUCAGCGCUACAUCCGAGGAGAAGGAGCACGCGCAGGCCAGCACGCUCACCACCUCACAGCAGGCCAUCUACCUGAGCAGCCGCGAUGAGCUCUUCAGCCGCAAGCCGCCCACCUAUGAGGGUAGCCCUCGCUUCGCCAAGGCCGCAGCUGCGGUGGCCUCACCACUCGAGGCCGAGGUGGCCCCGGGGUUCUCGCGGACAAUGUCCCCAUACCCGACUGAGUCCUUUCGCUUCCCAGGCUCUCCGGGCCCCCAGCAGGCCCUGAUGCCCCCAAACCUGUGGAGCCUGCGGGCCAAGCCAGGGUCCGCACGGCUCUCAAGGGAGGACAUGCGGGGCCACUGGCGGCCACUGAGUGUCGAGGACAUCGGUGCCUAUUCCUACCCGGCCCCCAGCAUAGGCCGCGCUUCGCCCCGCAGCUUCUCUGAACGCUACUAUGGUGGCAGCAUGGGCAGCCCAGGCCGGAAGGCCGAGGGCCGCGCCAGCCCCCUCUAUGCCACCUAUAAGGCCGACAGCUUCUCGGAGGGGGACGACCUCUCCCAGGGCCACCUGGCAGAGCCCUGCUUCCUACGGGCAGGCGGCAGCCUGAGCCUUAGCCCCAGCCGCUCUGCCGACCCUCUCCCCGGCUACGCACCCAGUGACGGGGACGGGGACAGGCUCGGGGUGCAGCUGUGCGGGGCGGGCAGCAGCCCUGAGCCAGAGCACGGCUCCAGGGACUCCCUGGAGCCCAGCUCUAUGGAGGCCUCCCCAGAGAUGCACCCCGCUGCCCGCCCAGGGCCCCAGCAGGCCUUCCCGAGGACUGGCAGCUCUGGGCUGAGCCGCAAGGACAGCCUGACCAAGGCCCAGCUCUACGGAACGCUGCUCAACUGAGCACCUCUGCCAGCCCCCCUUGCUCAGUGUGGUGCCCAAGGGGUAACCUCCCCCCCACACCCAGUCCCUGCCAACAGGGUCCCCUGUCCUCUGCACCCAGCCCCGUGUCGCCCGAGAGGAGGCCCCUCACCCAGUUGUCUGUCCCAGCCCCGUCCUGGCGGGCCCUUGUAGAACCUUUCCACACCCCAGUGUCCCUCCACCCGAGGUGAGCAGCCCCCCUUUUAUAACGUGAUACUAUUUUUAUAGGGACAAGGGUCCUUCUUAACGCACUUGGCCUCCAGCUCCCUGGAUGGCAGCCUUGGCGUUUUCAACACAAAGCUCCUUUCUUUUUCUGCGGAGGGUGCGUGGGGUCUGUCCCAGGAGGGCAGACCAGAUUCCACAGUGGUGGGGAGACACCCAGUAAGCCAGCGGCAAGGGGACCCCAAAGCUCUGUCCACAGGGGAUGUGAACCCCAUUAGUGUAUAGGAAGUGUUUCCAAACUUGUUUCUCCCCGUGCGGCCAGCACACCCGAGCUCUUCCGUGGCCCAUAUCCUGAGUAGAGCUGGGAAGAUGCCCCGCACGGCUGGUGCUCACCCCCCUAACCCUGCCGACCCCACUGUGCUCUACCUCAGACGUGUGAGGCCCCGCCCCCAACCCUCCUCUCUGUGAUGCAUGCCUGUCUGGUUAGUGUUGUAUUUUGCAUUCAUUAAUA